GAAAGACUUCAAUUUAGUUUGGCGAAGACAACGAACUCGAAAAGAGCUUUGCGCGGAUAAAAGAAAAGGCUGAAAGCAAAUAUCACGUCGACGUCUGGGGCUCGCUCUCAUAAACGCAACAGUUUGACUUCAAGAUUGAGCACUUCCAAACAGCAGGGCUCGGUCGCAAUAACCGUGGGAGAUGUCUGCGGUGCGGCAUCGCCCGAUGGCUCCGCCAGCCACUGGGGAGCAUGGCGAUAGCGAUGACAACAACUUCACCGACGACGAGAGCUCACCAUUGACACACGAUAUUUAUGGAGGCAGCCAACGCACAAUACAGGAAACCAAAGGCUGGGAUGUAUUUCGUGAUCCUCCAAUUAAAAUUGAGACCGGCUCAACGGCAAACCAAGAGUGUCUCGAGCUAACUAUUAAGAUUUUAAAAAUCUUCGCCUACAUAUUCACCUUUAUCAUAGUCUUAACCGGUGGCGUUAUAGCCAAAGGAACAGUUCUGUUUAUGACCUCGCAGGUGCGGAAGGAUCGCAAGAUUGAAUACUGCAAUAAGGAUUUGGGCCGCGAUAAAACCUUCGUUGUGCGAUUACCUGAGGAGGAGCGUAUUGCCUGGAUAUGGGCGCUAGUGAUUGCAUAUUCCCUUCCCGAGAUCGGUUCGCUGAUUCGAUCGGUGCGAAUUUGCUUUUUCAAAACUUUCAAGGUACCGAAAACAGGACACUUUUUGUUCGUCUGGAUGAUGGAGAGCUUUAGCGCACUGGGCACAGCGUUGUUGAUGUUUGUCGUGCUGCCGCAGAUUGAUGCUAUACAAGGCGCAAUGUUAACCAACUGCCUCUGCGUGAUACCUGGCAUUUUUGGACUGCUUUCGCGAACCUCCAAGGAGGGUAAACGCUUCAUUAAAGUCAUCAUCGAUCUGGCUGCAAUUGCAGCGCAGGUCACCGGCCUGGUUAUCUGGCCCCUACUGGAGAACCGGCGCGAACUCUGGGUUAUACCGGUGGCCUGCGUAAUGAUCUCAUGUGGCUGGUGGGAGAAUUACGUCUCUGCGCAGUCACCGCUUGGCAUCGUACGUGCCCUGGGACGCAUCAAGGAGGAGAUGCAUAACACGCGUUACUUUUGUCAUAUGUUCCUUUCAAUAUGGAAGAUUUUGCUUUUCUUCUGUGUCACUUUGCUCAUAUAUUGGGCAAACGGCGAGGAGCCCAGUAAUCUGUUCAGCCUCUACGGCGAUGCAUUUGGGCCUCAUAAGAUAAUUGUCUAUGAGCUACCGGCCGGUUUAGGUGGAGUGCUACCCGACACCUUAGAGUCAGCCAACAUAGAUACGGUAGAUGUGGAUGCCGCCUACAACACGGUGGUAUAUGUUCUGCUCCUGCAGAUCUUUGGAGCCUAUUUAUGCUACAUAUUCGGAAAGUUUGCUUGCAAGAUUCUUAUACAGGGUUUCAGCUAUGCCUUCCCUGUGAGCCUUACCGUUCCAAUUGCUGUAUCAUUCCUGAUUGCAGCGUGUGGCAUACGUAUUGAUGAUCCUUGCUUUUUCCACGAUACUAUACCGGACUAUCUGUUCUUUACCAGUCCGUCCAACUUUAGAUUUAAUAAUUUUGUCACUGAGCAAAUGGCGUGGGCCUGGAUAUUGUGGCUUCUCAGCCAAACGUGGAUUGCCCUACACAUUUGGACGCCCAAGUGCGAGAGAUUAGCAACAACCGAAAAACUCUUCGUGAGACCCAUGUACUCGGCUUUGCUAAUCGAUCAGUCCAUGGCAUUAAAUAGAAGGCGCGAUGACCAAGCGGAUGUCAAAACUGAGGAUCUGUCGGACAUUGAAAAGGAAAAGGGUGAUGAGUACUAUGAGACUAUUUCAGUACAUACCGAUCGCUCCUCGGCGCCGAACAAGCCCUCGAUUAAAUCUUCAGAUAAUAUAACUCGUAUUUACACAUGCGCCACUAUGUGGCAUGAAACCAAAGAUGAAAUGAUCGAGUUCUUGAAAAGUAUUAUGCGAAUGGACGAGGAUCAGUGCGCUCGACGUGUAGCCCAAAAGUAUUUGCGAGUGCUGGAUCCAGACUAUUAUGAGUUUGAGACUCACAUUUUUUUCGAUGAUGCUUUUGAGAUUUCGGAUCAUAGUGACGAUGAUAUUCAAUGCAAUCGUUUUGUAAAGCUGUUGAUUGGUACCAUGGAUGAAGCCGCCUCUGAGAUCCAUCAGACAACAAUUCGAUUGCGACCACCCAAAAAAUAUCCAACACCCUAUGGCGGCCGAUUAGUAUGGACCCUACCUGGCAAAACAAAGUUCAUUGCACAUCUUAAAGAUAAGGAUCGGAUACGUCAUCGAAAGCGGUGGUCGCAAGUUAUGUACAUGUACUAUUUGCUUGGUCAUCGGCUAAUGGAGCUACCAAUCUCGGUUGAUCGCAAGGACGCCAUUGCGGAAAACACUUAUCUGCUCACCCUUGAUGGUGAUAUUGAUUUCAAGCCGAAUGCUGUCACCCUGUUGGUCGAUUUAAUGAAGAAAAACCGAAAUCUAGGCGCUGCAUGCGGACGUAUUCAUCCCGUGGGAUCUGGACCCAUGGUGUGGUAUCAGCUAUUUGAAUACGCGAUCGGUCAUUGGCUGCAAAAGGCAACUGAGCACAUGAUUGGAUGUGUGCUCUGUUCUCCCGGCUGCUUUUCACUGUUCCGUGGCAAGGCACUGAUGGAUGAUAAUGUGAUGAAAAAGUAUACAACUAAACCAACAGAAGCACGUCACUAUGUACAGUAUGAUCAGGGCGAGGAUCGCUGGCUGUGUACCUUAUUGCUGCAGCGUGGAUAUCGUGUGGAGUACUCAGCUGCGUCGGACGCCUACACCCAUUGUCCAGAGGGCUUUAACGAGUUCUACAAUCAGCGUCGUCGCUGGGUGCCUUCCACUAUAGCAAACAUCAUGGAUCUUCUUGGCGAUGCGAAACGCACAAUUAAGAUAAAUGAUAACAUUUCAUUGCUGUACGUUUUCUACCAGAUGAUGUUGAUGGGUGGCACCAUUUUGGGACCUGGAACGAUCUUUCUUAUGUUAGUGGGUGCCUUUGUCGCCGCCUUCCGAAUUGAUAACUGGACGUCCUUCCAUUACAACAUUGUACCUAUUCUGGCCUUUAUGGUCAUUUGUUUCACGUGCAAGUCCAAUAUUCAACUCUUUGUAGCCCAGGUACUAUCCACUUGCUAUGCCCUCAUUAUGAUGGCUGUCAUAGUGGGCACAGCACUGCAGUUGGGAGAGGACGGAAUAGGUUCGCCCUCGGCCAUCUUUUUGAUAUCAAUGGUGGGCUCAUUCUUCAUAGCCGCAUGUUUGCAUCCGCAAGAAUUUUGGUGUAUAACAUGCGGCUUAAUAUAUUUAUUAUCAAUACCAUCCAUGUAUCUGCUCCUUAUUCUUUACUCUAUCAUCAAUUUGAACGUCGUCUCCUGGGGCACUCGGGAGGUUGUCGCCAAAAAGACCAAAAAGGAAUUGGAGGCGGAAAAGAAAGCCGCUGAGGAAGCCAAGAAGCGAGUAAAACAAAAAAGCAUGUUAGGCUUCCUACAAAGUGGCAUAGGCGAUAAUGAUGAUGAGGAGGGAUCCAUUGAGUUUUCGUUAGCUGGUCUAUUCCGUUGCGUUUUUUGCACCCACGGAAAAACGUCAGACGAGAAGCAGCAGCUGACCAGCAUUGCCGAGUCCCUGGAUACAAUCAAAACACGCAUUGACACCAUCGAGAGCGCUGUGGAUCCACAUGGUCAUCAUGCUUCCCGUCAUAAUAGACGUCGCACGACGUCUAGUGGCUCCAAGGAUCAUCAUUUGCUUACGUCGGUAGCUGAAAAAUCGGGUGACGAAUCCGAUGAGUCGGAUUCAGAUACCUCGGCAGAACCCAAGCAAGAACGUGAUUUUUUGACAAACCCCUAUUGGAUCGAGGAUCCUGAUGUCCGCAAGGGUGAGGUGGACUUUUUAUCAAGUUCGGAAAUUCAAUUCUGGAAGGACCUCAUCGAUCAGUACCUAUACCCCAUUGAUAAUGAUCCUGUGGAACAGGCCCGCAUAGCCUCCGAUCUGAUUGAGCUGCGCAAUAAGUCGGUCUUUGCGUUUUUUAUGGCCAACGCCUUAUUCGUAUUGAUUGUCUUCUUAUUGCAAUUGAAUAAGGAUAAACUGCAUAUUAUAUGGCCGUUGGGCGUCAAAACGAAUAUUACGUAUAUCGAAGAGACAUCUGAGGUGCACAUCUCCAAGGAGUAUCUACAGCUAGAACCGAUUGGUCUGGUUUUUGUGUUCUUUUUUGCCUUAAUUUUGGUUAUACAAUUUACGGCCAUGCUGUUCCAUCGAUUUGGCACACUUUCGCACAUCUUGGCCUCUACGGAGUUGAAUUUCUGCAAAAAGAAAUCAGAGGAUCUAACACAAGAUCAACUUAUAGACAAGCACGCUGUGGAGAUUGUUAAGAAUCUGCAACGCUUACAAGGCAUUGAUGGGGACUAUGAUAAUGACUCGGGCUCGGGGCCCGAUCGCAUAGCACGCCGCAAAACCAUACAAAAUUUAGAAAAAGCACGGCAGCCGCGACGUCAAAUCGGCACCUUGGAUGUCGCCUUUAAGAAACGGUUUCUUAAACUAACAGCUGAUGCAGAGAACAAUCCAGCCACACCAAUACUGACACGUCGACUGACCAUGCGAGCUGAGACCAUACGAGCUCUGGAGGUCAGGAAGAACUCCGUAAUGGCAGAACGACGCAAAUCGGCUAUGCAAACCCUGGGUGCCAAAAAUGAGUACGGUAUAUCCGCAGUGCCACCGCUCAAUAACAAUGGGGCCUUGCCCAAUCAGCGUAGCGGCCGCGUGUCCAAUGCAGGCAUUAGCAUCAAGGAUGUGUUCAAUGUGAAUGGUGGACCAGCUGAGCAAAUUUAUGGUUCCAACGGCGGUGGUACCAUAAAUCAAGGCUACGAGCAUGUCAUCGAUGAAGAUGGCGACGGUAACUCCCUACGUUUGACGACUCGGAAUCCGCAUCAAGUGUCUUGGGGUCAAAAUGUAAACGGCAAUAAUACGGGGCGUUUGUAAACUACUCAUGAUCAUAAAACUCUUAAAUCUUUCUAGUUUAGUGUAAAGCGAGCAAUUCACAAAAAAAAAAUUGAGUUUAUAGUCAAUACAUGUAUUGGUUACUUGUAUAUAUAAUGGACAUUGCAGGAGCCUUGUCAAUGCACAACGAAUAUUUGCUAAGCUAAUCACACUGCCAGUGUUUUCGAAUAGUGUAUUGUAAACCCAGUGGGCAACAACAUUCAUAUCAUAUAUAUAUAUAUAUAUAUACUAUAUCAAUAGUUAGGUUAGAUUUAAGAAAUUGUGAUGAUGGCGCCCCAUUUGGGAUUGUCGACUUAACCACAAUACCAGUGAAUGCUGACACAUAAUACUCAUUGUAAAGCUGAUUGAAAGUGCAGCAAGAAAACCCUAAUUAGAUACAUAAAUCUUUUAAAUAACUGAAUUUUUGUGAACAAUAAAGAUAUGAGUUUGAGAGUAUGAAAUGACAAUAAGUAUAAUCAAAAGAAAA